ACCACACGAUUGAUGCACAAGCACAAGCACAAGCACAAGCACAAGCACAAGCACAAGCACAAGCACAAGCACAAGCACAAGCACAAGCACAAGCACAAGCACAAGCACAAGCACAAGCACAAAGCAACAAGCACAAGCACAAGCACAAGCAAAGCACAAGCACAAGCACAAGCACAAGCACAAGCACAAGCACAAGCACAAGCACAAGCACAAGCACAAGCACAAGCACAAGCACAAGCACAAGCACAAGCACAAGCACAAGCACAAGCACAAGCACAAGCACAAGCACAAGCACAAGCACAAGCACAAGCACAAGCACAAGCACAAGCACAAGCACAAGCACAAGCACAAGCACAAGCACAAGCACAAGCACAAGCACAAGCACAAGCACAAGCACAAGCACAAGCACAAGCACAAGCACAAGCACAAGCACAAGCACAAGCACAAGCACAAGCACAAGCACAAGCACAAGCACAAGCACAAGGACAAGGACAAGCACAAGCACAAGCACAAGCACAAGCACAAGCACAAGCACAAGCACAAGCACAAGCACAAGCACAAGCACAAGCACAAGCACAAGCACAAGCACAAGGACAAGGACAAGCACAAGCACAAGCACAAGCACAAGCACAAGGACAAGCACAAGCACAAGCACAAGCACAAGCACAAGCACAAGCACAAGCACAAGCACAAGACGGAUACCAGCUGCUCUUGGCCCCACCUGAGGUUGAUUGAACCCACCUGAGGUUGAUUGAACCC